UAAACAUUUCGAACGAUUCUUGAACGACGAUAAUUGGAAGAGCAAAAGAUGGUAAAUGAGCAUGAACACAAAUGACUUUCAGUGUUUGCUUUGUUUCACUCAGAAAUCUUCCCUAGCGCACGUACAUUAUUCAACAGAGACCUGCUCGAUUAAAGUUCUGAGAUUGGCUUGUCGUUCUGUAUGCUGAUGCAAUCUACUUAUCUACUUUGCCUCGCAGAUGGUCAAACGAGGACUGCACCGAACAGGCUUAGAAGGCAGAAAUCGGAGAUCCUUCGUGCUCAGUAUAUUGAUGUUAGAGAGCUCAGCUUUCAAUCGACAGGAUCUGCGCAGGAACAUGGAAUGUUGGAAGCAUAUGCCCACCCGGUGACUUGGAUAUUCAAGAAUGGUUGGAUACAGAUGAGCCAGCUGAUAUUUAUGUUCUAGGAUUUCAAGAGAUUAUUCCACUAGAAGUCGGGUAUAUGAUUGGCACUGAAGAUACUCGUCCAGUUGCAGCAUGGGAGCAUAUCAUCCAUGAAACUUUGAAUAAGAAGUGUCCAGAUGAAUCGAAGUUUAAAUGCCAUAGUGACUAUCCUUCGUCAGCAAGGUUUAAACUGUCAGAUUAUGUUCUUGGAAUGGAGAAUGGACUGCUUAGUGAAUCCAGCAAUGAUAGUGAUGGGGAACUUCAUCUGUGGGACAGUGCAAAAUCAUCUAUUUCAGCUCGCUAUCUUCAGCCAUUGGAUUUAGCCUGUGAUGUCAGCAUUGAUAAUAGAGUUAAAAGUAAAAGACCACAGUAUGUACGGCUAAUAAGCAAGCAAAUGGUAGGGGUAUUUCUCUCAGUAUGGGUUCGGAGAAGCCUGCAGAAGUACAUUCAAAAUGUAAGAGUAUCAAUUGUAGGUGUAGGUACAAGAGGUUUUAUUGGUAACAAGGGAUCAAUAUCAGUAAGCAUGUCUAUACAUGAAACUCAUUUUUGCUUUGUAUGUUGCCACUUGGCCGCUGGUGAAAAAAAUGGUGAUGAACUAAAGAGAAAUGGAAAUGUUGAGGAAAUCCAAAGAAGAACAGUGUUUGAUAACCCAGUUCACAUAGUAGGUGUGCCCCAGAGAAUACAUGGCCAUGAAAGGAUUAUAUGGCUAGGGGAUCUCAACUAUCGACUCAACUUUUCAUAUGAAAGGACACAUGAACUUAUCUCCAAACAGGACUGGGAUGGAUUGCUUGAGAAGGAUCAGCUGAAAAAAGAACUAGGGAAAGGAAGCACAUUCGAUGGUUGGGUUGAAGGAGUUAUCAGCUUUCCCCCAACAUAUAAAUACGAGUUUAACUCAGAAAAAUAUGUAAGUGAUGCGACAAAAUCUGGGAGAAGAACACCUGCAUGGUGUGACCGCAUUCUCUCAUACGGGAAGGGAAUCAGGUUACUUUCGUACAAGAGGGCGGAGCUCACGUUUUCGGAUCAUCGUCCUGUGACUGCAGUCUACAUGGCAGAUGUUGAAGUUUUUGUCCAUAGGAAGUUUGAGAGAGCUCUAACAUUCACCAAUACAGAAGUAGAUGAUCACCUAUUACUGGGGAAGGAAGCACUUCUACAACCAUUGAACCGUGAGUCAGGCAAUUUCCUAGCUCAAGUUCCAUCCAAGGUGGUGUCAAUGCAAUGCCAAUGCCAGAUUUCAGAAUCUGAGUGAGAAGGUUCAGUUUCAUUUCUUAUUUGACCAAGAACAUCAUUCAUUGUGGGAGAUUGAAAGCAAUGCCCAUGAGACCAUGAAUAAGACCCUUAUUAAGCCAUGGCGUCCUUACUAGUGUGAUGCCAUUAAUUGGAAUAAGUACUCAUGUAAGAUCGAUCAAACUCAUACGCCAGGUUCUUGCGUACAGUAAAAUUUCUCUCCUAUUUUCUUUA